AACUAGUCAGCAAAAACUCUAUCCUGAGUUGAUGAUGAAUCUACUGAAUGGAGCUCUCGGCCGACAGAAUGGAAAGAACUGUUCGAACAGCGACGCUGUAUUUAUUGUCAACGAAGUCAGAAACGGGAGUUCGUCGUGCUUGACCACGGUGGACCUGUCACGAGGUGCUGGUCAGGCUGCUGCAGUGAUAGACUUCCUAAAACAGACCGACUGGAUCCUGAUGGUUUCAGACACUCUCAUGCUCCGGGCCAACUUCUACCACCCUGACGUCAAGCUGUUCAGUAGCGUGGUGUUCAGGCUGCAGUACCUCCCAGGGGGCGCUGCUGAACUCCAGCCCAGUAUCCAGUCUUUCCGGUUGUUCCAGUACCAGACAGCAGACGACUAUGUCCAGAUGCUUUUCCACAUCUUGUUCGUCCUUUUCUACAUCUACAACAUCCUCAAUGAGAUUUGGAACAUACGGAAGAGCGGUCGUGCGUACUUCACCAGUUUCUGGAACGUCUUGAUCCUGUGCAACAUUGGUUUGUCGACAGCCGUCAUUGUUACCUUCGCACUUCGAUACAUCCAGGCAGCUGCUGCACUGCGUGAUAUACAACAAGCAAAAGGGGUGUUCGGCAUCAAUGAGUUCGUAGACAUCAGUACCGCUGGCCAAUGGGACGCUACCUUCAAGGAGGUCCUGUCCUUCUCCAUCUUCAUCAGUACCUUCUGCAUCCUGCGGGUUCUCAACUUCUCCAGGGGCGUGGCUACCGUCUACGCUCUGCCUCGCCUGAUAUACGGCGAAGCCUUCGGGUUUGCUGUGUACAUGCUGGUUAUCAUAGUGGCCUACGGCAUCAGCGGGAAUUUGAUCUUCGGCAAAAACAUGGAGACCUUCUCCGGCUUUAAGAAAACGUCGUACGUGCUGUUUGAGAUGGGCUUGGGGAGGCCGUUCGUCGGAGUCUUUGCGGACGAUAUGAAGGCAGUAGAUCGUGUCAUGGGACCUCUGUACUAUUCUACAUUCGUCAUGGUCUUCGUCUUUUACCUGAUGAAUCUCGGAGUGGGGAUGCUCUGUAACUGGCUGAGCUACUGUCAGACGUCAGACGACAUCGGCGUGGACACGGCGAUGGGAGAUUACUUCUGGAACUCCUUCAGGAGUCUUCUGGGCAUGCGUCAUGAACCCCAGGACUUUGACGUUGAAGCACCACUUCCGGACCACUUUAUGGAAGAGACCCUCCAGCGGACUGAAACGGUACUGCAGGAAGUGGACAGGGUGACUGACGUGAUUCACAAGUUUGAGUGCAAGAAUCGUCAGCUGAUUCCACUGUGUGACGUUCAGCCAAGUACUUCGCAAGCUUGAAGUUUCACAAAUGACCACAAGCUCGACACAAUUAAAUUACUGUACGAAAGUACGAUUUUAUCAAGUGAGAUUAUAGCUAGCUAAAUUUAAAAAAAAAUUAUAGUUCAAUUUUGAACAUGAAGAGUUGCAAUAUGAUGAAUGGAUAACAGAUGUGUCGCAUGAUAGUUUUACAAUAAACUGUUCACUUACUAUAUAGUUACAUUGACUUAAGCGUCUUGUAAAUUCGUACCAGUUCUAUAUUAUACAUAGUAAUACGGAAAUUAAUGAUAUAUAAUCAAGAGUGGAUCACUUUGUAUCAGCUUGAAUACACACACGGCACAAUAAGGCUGCACACUGUUCUCAUGUAGUUUAGAAAGGUUAUGUUUCCCUGUACGUAGUUUACGUGUCAGCUACUCUUUAGCUUUUUAUAUAUUCGUUAUUCCCAUUAUUAUAUUUCUGAGAUUAACAAUGUGUGAUGACCGUGUGAACAUUCAACUAUGUAAAUAUUGUAGUUGUCAUUAUAUUUUAGGUUGAAUUAUGUUUGGUAUCUGUCUUGGUAUUCAAUAGUCUAUGGAUAACAAAGGGGGAUUGAUGUUCUAAAUCAACGACAAUGUCCUCUGCAUCUUACAGCGAUACGAUGUGAUAUCCUUAUAUGUGUGGCAGUAAUAAAAUCGUCAUAUAAUUGCGUGUGUACAAUUAGCGAUAUCGAUGAAAAUAGUGUAAUUGUCAUUACAGUCGAGUUUACCCUAUUCUUGGUACAAAUCUUGAUCCUGUUUCACGACUUAAUCGUUUACAAACUAACUUAAGGUCAAAUGUGAAAUGUUUGACACAAAUGUCUUUUGCAGACGAAUUUCCCCAUUCCUAUAUUUCGUACCAUGUUUGGUACCGACUCUUAUCGUUGUCGUAACUUGACUCAUAACAUCAUAGUGUACAAACUAGAAUCAAAAGUGUCAAUAAGAUCUUGCGUUACAUUAAUAAUGGCAAUAUAAUGGAUACUUUGGAUACUGUACAUAGUCGCUAUCUAUGGGUGAUAUGCAUGAUUCUUUAACAAUAAUCUUUUAUCCUCGCAUCCAUCAUUCAAGCCACUGUGGUCUAAGCAAAUAUCAUAAUAAAGAUGAAAUGACAUUCUAGUCAAUAUCACUCCGUAAUCGACAAAUCAUUCAGUCAAAUGUCCUGCUAUUGUUGCGCCCCGAACCGUGCCUUGCCCCAAACUGUGCCUAGGCACGGUUUG